UCUCUCUCUCUCUCUCCCCCGUCUGAGUUGCAAUUAAGCACCCAAAAUUCAUGGCCACCGCAGCAUUGCUCCGUUCACUACGCAGUCGUAAUGUUGCAACCGCCUCCCUCUCUGCCUACCGCUCCUUGAAUAACACUGUCAAGUCAUCGCCGCAUCUGGGUCACAAGUGGACAAGUUUGGCGAGAUCUUUCAGUUCAAGACCUAUUGGCAAUGAUGUGAUUGGGAUUGAUUUGGGUACAACUAAUUCAUGUGUUGCUGUGAUGGAAGGAAAGAUUCCCAAAGUUGUUGAGAACUCUGAGGGUGCUCGGACCACACCAUCAGUAGUUGCCUUCAAUCAGAAAGGAGAGCUACUAAUUGGUACUCCAGCAAAACGUCAAGCGGUCACCAACCCAUCGAAUACAGUUUAUGCAGCCAAGCGUCUGAUUGCUAGGCGCUUUGAUGAUCCCCUAAUACAAAAAGAAAUGAAGAUGGUUCCAUAUAAGAUAGUCAAAUCUCCAAAGGGAGAUUCAUGGGUUGACAUCAAUGGGCAGCAGUACUCCCCAAGCCAAAUUGGAGCCUUUGUUCUUACAAAGAUGAAAGAAACUGCUGAGGCUUACCUAGGAAAGUCUGUGUCGAAAGCUGUUAUUACAGUUCCAGCUUAUUUUGAUGAUGCUCAGAGACAAGCGACAACUGAUGCCGGAAGGAUUGCAGGCCUCGAAGUACUCAGAAUCAUAAAUGAGCCAACUGCUGCUGCACUAUCCUACGGUAUGAACAGCAAGGAAGGCCUAAUAGCAGUAUUUGAUCUUGGUGGUGGAACAUUUGAUGUAUCCAUUUUGGAGAUAUCAAAUGGUGUUUUUGAGGUGAAAGCAACCAAUGGUGACACAUUAUUGGGAGGAGAGGAUUUUGACAACGCUUUGCUGGACUACUUGGUGAGCGAAUUCAAAAGGACUGAUGGGAUCGAUCUUACGAAAGAUAAGCUUGCCUUGCAGAGGCUUCGGGAGGCAGCUGAGAAGUCUAAGAUUGAACUUUCAUCAACAUCCCAAACAGAGAUAAACCUGCCCUUCAUUACAGCUGACGCUUCAGGUGCAAAACAUCUGAACAUCACCCUGACCAGGUCAAAAUUUGAAAGUCUGGUAAAUCACUUGAUUGAGAGGACAAAGGCUCCAUGUCAGAAUUGUUUGAAGGAUGCCAACUUGACAAUUAAGGAUGUGGAUGAGGUCCUUCUUGUUGGAGGAAUGUCUCGUGUUCCCAAAGUGCAAGAGGUGGUGCAAGAGAUAUUCGGAAAAAGCGCGAGCAAAGGGGUCAAUCCUGAUGAGGCAGUUGCCUUGGGAGCAGCCAUCCAAGGUGGUAUCCUCCGUGGUGAUGUUAAGGAGUUGCUUCUUCUUGAUGUCACUCCUCUAUCACUGGGCAUUGAGACAAUAGGUGGUAUCUUCACCAAGCUGAUUUCCAGGAACACAACAAUUCCAACAAAGAAGAGUCAGUUCUUUUCGACAGCAGCUGACAACCAAACCCAAGUUGGUGUCAGGGUGCUACAAGGUGAGCGUGAAAUGGCUUGUGACAACAAGCCCUUGGGAGAGUUUGAGCUCCGAGGCAUUCCUCCAGCACCAAGAGGCAUGCCUCAGAUUGAAGUCACAUUUGAUAUUGAUGCCAAUGGCAUAGUUACCGUUUCUGCCAAGGACAGAGCCACUGGUAAAGAGCAACAGGUUACUAUCAACAACACAUCAGGUCGGCUCAGUGAAGACGAAAUUGAGAGGAUGGUCAAGGAAGCAGAGAUGCACGCUCAGAGGGAUCAGGAAAAGAAAGCUCUCGUUGAUCUCAGAAACAAUGCAGAGACCAGCAUCUACAGCAUUGAGAAGAGCUUAGACGAGUACCGGGACAAGGUUCCAAGUGAAACCGCUAAACAAAUCGAGGAUUCAGUUGCAGAUUUGAGAAAGGCAAUGGGAGAGGAUAAUGUGGAUGAACUUAAGUCCAAGCUUGAGGCUGCAAACAGAGCUGUCUCAAAGAUUGGGGAGCACAUGUCUGGUGGUUAUGGAGGUAGCUCCUCAUCUGGUUCACAGGGUGGAGACCAGAAUCCUGAGGCAGAUUUCUACGAAGAAGCGAAAAAGUGAGUGCCUGCAGCAUAAAUGUAUGGUUCAGGACUUCAGAUGGCAACUACAAUCAAGCGAAAAUGUUCUCCGACUCCAAAGUCCAGAUAGUUGUUU